AACAAGUUGCUGUGAAUUACUCAACAAGGUCCUGUGUACUUAGCUGACAUGUGGUGAUGGGGUGAAAAGAAUGAAGGCAACUGAAAGGAUGAAAUCACUGACUUGGAUCUUGGGCCUUUGGGCUCUUGCAGCGUGUUUCACACCUGGUGAGAGUCAAAGAGGCCCCAGGGGACCAUAUCCACCUGGACCGCUGGCUCCUCCUCAACCUUUUGGCCCAGGAUUUGUUCCACCACCUCCUCCUCCACCCUAUGGUCCAGGGAGAAUCCCACAACCUCCUCCCGCACCCAAUGGUCCAGGGAUAUUUCCACCACCCGCUCCUCAACCCUAAGGUCCACCACUCCAUCCUGAUGCCCCAGGUUAUCCACAGCCUCCUUCCCGACCAAGACCCUAUCCACCUGGACCUCCAUUUUUCCCUGUAAAUUCUCCAACUGAUCCUACCCUCCCUACUCCUGCACCCCAAAUAUGAACAACUGCAGCAGGUGCCACCACCACCACAAAAGACACCACUACCCUUGUAACUACUGCUUCU